AUGAACUCGCUCGGCCAUGCUGAAAGUCAAGCGUCUUCGAAGACCUCAGAUCGACGACGACGACGGCUUUGGAGAUCCGUCGUAUUUCUACCACUAACACUGCUUGCAAUUCUGUAAGUCGUGUUCUCUCGACAAGCGACGCAUUGAACGAGCCUCUGACUGGUACAUUAGGGGUCUCGUUCACAUCAUCCUCGUGGCGGCUGGCCACACAAGUCUAGAUCACUGGGGCGCUUCAUAUUGGAGUCACCGACAGAGUCUCCUCCCCUGCAACUCACCGGCGUGUCAGAGCGCGCCGACACAAAACGUCGUUCCCAUUCCUUGCCACUCGCACAACGAUUAUUGGAGGACCGUCCCUCUAUUCGACGCUCUCCAUGCUGGAUGUGCGAGUGUCGAGGCGGAUAUUUGGCUACCCCAAUCCUUGGGUGAGAAUGGCACAGACCUUUACGUCGGCCACAACGGGGCUUCUCUACGUCGGGAGAGGACCUUAGACAGUCUCUAUCUUCGACCGAUCAAGGCAUUGCUCGAGCAGCAGUAAGUCCUGUGCCGUCAAUCUGGUCUCAACUCAGAGAGUGCUGAUCGACUUGCCUUGAAUCAGGAAUGCAAACGCCACGGUCUGCUCCCACGGCAAUUCGUCCUGCUCCGGCGUCUUCGGCACUGCACCGAACCAGACUCUCGUCCUUCUCCUGGAUUUCAAACAGGACGGCAACACUUUGCUCCCAUACGUGAACGCCAGCCUGCAGUCUCUGCGAGAGGGCAACUAUCUCAGUUUCUGGGACGGCCAGAACUUCCAUUCGCGCCCUGUGACCGUAGUCCUGAGCGGUAACGCUCCCACCAGUCUCAACGCCACCGAGCUCGAAAUCGGAGAAAUACAUCGCGAUAUGUUCUUCGACGCCCCUCUCGACAGACUUUCAGAUGCCGCCAGAGGCAGUAGUAGCUGGAACACGUCAUCUUCAUACUACGCAAGCGUGUCUCUCGAGAAGACCAUCGGUAAAGUCUUGGCCGGGAAACUCUCUUCUAAACAACUCAACACCUUGCGGAGCCAGAUCCGAACAGCAAAGGAGAAGGGCUUGAAGGCGAGAUAUUGGGACACGCCGGCUUGGCCCACGAGUUUGAGGAACUAUGUAUGGCAGAUUUUACUCGAUGCAGGGGCGGAUAUUCUGAACGUGGACGAUUUGGAAAGCGCUGCUUUUGGGAAUUGGAAACAAGUUAGACAUGCAUGGGGAGAUGCGUAG